AUGGCUGUUCUGGAGGGAGGCGAGAGGACGGCUGUAGCAGGGCCAGUAGACAGGGCGGACGACGGGGCGGUUGUAGCGGAUCCAGUACAUGGCAGGCAGCCAGCCGUCAGUGGAAGGAGUGGAGCUGAAGAGCCGGCGGAACAGCGGGCUUCCGCGAAUCAUGGCGCGGAUCAAGGCGCGGAUCACGGCGCGGAUCACGGCGCGUGGGGGGCACGCGGGCUGUCGCAAGUUGCGGCGGCAGGGGCGGAGGAGGAUGAGCGUAGAGUCGACGGACUGAGCUUCUGGCAGCACAUGGUCGCAGGAUCCGUCGCAGGCAUGGUAGAGCACAUGGCAAUGUUCCCCGUCGACACAAUCAAGACGCGCAUGCAAGCGCUCGCCACCACCGGGCCCCCCGUUCCCCCCGCACCCUCCGCACCCUCCCCCGCUUUUUCCGCCCUCCCGUCCGCAUCCCCGUCCGCGCUUUCCUCCUUCUCGUCUCUCUCCGCCUCUCGUGGCGUCCCCGCUGCCACGUCAUGUGCCUUCCAAUCCACGUGUACUGUCGCGAAUCCAGCAGCAGCAGCAGCGCCGCAGGGCCUGUCGCAUUCGCCCACGAUCAGGAACGCAGUUUCGUCUAUCCUCAAAACGGAAGGCGCAGCAGGCUUAUAUCGAGGAAUAGCGGCCAUGGGACUGGGGGCCGGACCUGCCCAUGCAGUGUACUUCGCCCGCCUGCAGCUAAGGCGCAGCCCGUAUGCUGGCGUGGUGGACUGCUGCCGUAAGAUGCUACACGAGGAGGGAAUUCGCGCCUUCUACCGUUCCUACCGCACCACACUUGUCAUGAACGUGCCCUUCACAGCCGUGCACUUCGCCACGUAUGAGGCCAGCAAGGCGGGCCUGGGGCGGGCAUUACCAGGGGAGGCGUUACCUGGGGAGGGCGUGUUGGACGAGGACAGGCUGCUCACCCACGUGCUUGCGGGUGGCGCUGCUGGCGCUCUUGCUAGCGCUGUGACUAAUCCUCUUGAUGUGGUGAAGACACGCCUACAAUGCCAGGGUGUGUGUGGGGUGAAGCGGCUGCAGAGUGCAUCGGUGACGGCAGCACUGAGAAGCAUAGCGAGGGAAGAAGGGUGGGGUGCGCUGCUGAGGGGAAUGCGAGCACGUGUGCUCUUUCACACACCCGCUGCCGCCAUUGUCUGGUCCACUUAUGAAGCCUCAAAGAACCUGCUGCGUGACUUGUGA